UCACAGCAAAUGAACAGGAAGAAAAGAUGGCGGCGAGGAACGGAAAGAAUAGUAUACUGGAAAAAUGGAGGAUUGAUGAGAAACCUGUGAAGAUUGACAAAUGGGAUGGUGCAGCUGUCAAGAACUCUUUAGAUGAUGCAGCUAAGAAGGUUCUGAUUGAAAAAUACGGCUACCUUGAGAGUUUCAACUUGGUGGACGGACGUCUGUUCAUUUGCACUGUCUCCUGCCUGUUCGCCAUCGUAGCUUUAAUUUGGGAUUACCUCCACCCGUUUCCUGAGUCCAAGCCUGUGCUGGCGUGCUGUGUGGUUUCAUACUUCAUAAUGAUGGGGAUUUUGACCCUGUACACUUCCUACAAAGAGAAGAACAUCUUCCUCGUGGCCAUGCAGAAGGACCCAGCGGGAAUGGACCCAGAUCACAAUUGGUGUCUGUCCUCCAGCCUAAAAAGGUUUGAUGACCAGUACACAUUAAGAAUGUCCUUCACUGACGGGAAAACCAAGCAGUCGAGGGAAACCGAGUUUACAAAGUCAGUAAGCGUGUUCUUCGAUGAGAACGGGACGCUGGUGAUGGACCAAUACGAAAAAUACGUCUCUAAGCUUCAUGACACACUGGCCACAGAGAAGAAGACGAAGUAAACGGUUAGUGGAUAUGACGGCACCAGCUUUCAGCGACCCAGCACACACAAUUCAAUGGUGGCUUUAGUGGACAAAACACUGAUGUUUGAGUUCAGCUCUCAACUCUAAUAUGACAGAAGCUUUUCGUUUAAUUGCUUAUGUUUCAAACAAACAAAAGGUCCAAUUGUCUGAUUUGUUAUUCAUAUUUUAUAAGGUAAGAUCAGUUUAUACUGGUGAUGAGGCAGACGUUUAUAUAAACUUCAUAACUUGGUGUGUGUGCUUCAAUACUGGUAUAUUUUAGGUACAUUUAAAUCAAUGAAGUGGUAUGUAAUCAGAAAUAAUGCCAGAGUUUAAUGGUGAAAAUGGAUAUUUUCAUCAAACAAAAGUCACUUCUUACCUGGAGGUGAUCAAUGUUAGUGUUUCCACAUUUCACAAUGCCUUGUGAAUAAUAUGUCUGAACUGAUUAUCAGUAUAUGUACACAUUUUGUCCAGAGAGCCUUAUUAAAUCUGUUUUUCGACCUGAACCUUUUUUUUUUUCUUCGUGUUUUGCAUUUUAUUUGUUAUUUAGGCUUUAAAGAACAUCAUAAAUAAAUAAAUAAAUAAGGGACUGAGUCCAUCUUUUGUGUUGUCCCUUUGCCGCUUUCAUACUUUUAUGUUUGUCCAUGUAAGCUUGAACCAGGGAUAAUGGUUUCAUGUUCCCUUUAUUUUGAGCAUUGGAUCAGUCUUGACCUGUUUUUUUUUCACACUCAGGAGCAACUGGACCUGAAUCUGCUGUUUAUUUAGUUUUUUCAGUUGUGUUCUGACAGCAGAUGUUUUCAAUUAGAUGAUCUGUAAUUUAUUUUGAAGAGUUCAGAACCGUACAUCUGGUUCAGUUUGUUGCUUCAUAUUGUGAAAAUAUCAACUUUGAGCAGUUUUUGUCUGACGAUAUUCAGCUUUAGCUACCCAUAUUGUAUGUGCCUGUUAUUCUCAAACUUGCAUAAUAAACUGAUAAGGCAUUUUUA